AUGCAGAAAGCCAAGAAGCGAUUGGAAGCGAUUCUGACUAAUUACAAGUCCAUUCCACCUGGAGAUUUCAAGAAAUUGAGAAUAAUGAAAAUGGUGCAUUGUAAAAAUAACAGAAAACCUUCGUAUUUCAGAGACCUGUGUCUUAUCGAGCCUUCAUCUUCCUUCACCGAACUCUUCCGACCUGUAGAAAGCUGUGAAAUAUGCGAAGAUGUUGACGAGAUCGAAAAAAUAAAUAACGUGUCAUCGGAACACUUCGAAUGGAGAUACGUCCGAAAUUCAAGACCUGUAUUGGUGAAGGACGCCACGAAGACUUGGAAGGCAAUGCAAGCGUUCGAUUUCGAAUUUUUCAAAGAUUUAUACGGCCCAAUAGGCGAUGAUGACGACCCGACGUGUCAGUUCUUCCCCUACAAGACGGAAUUUAAGUCACUGACGGAAGCCUUGAAUAUGAGUCCUGAUAGAGCCAAAAUGAAGCAAGGUCAGAUGCCGUGGUAUAUUGGUUGGAGCAAUUGCUUCAAGAGGGGUGGCGAUAUUUUGAGGAAUUUCUACACGAAGCCCUAUUUUCUGUCUAAUAAUUCCGAAACCAUCAAUUUGAGCUGGAUCUUCAUGGGAACACCUGGGAAAGGGGCACCCCUCCACGUAGAUAAUGUGGUUUAUCCAUCUUGGCAAGCACAAAUAAGAGGACGAAAGGAAUGGUUUUUAGCCCCACCACCAGAAUGUACUCUUAAAUGUAAAUCCCACGUUAUUUUAGUGGAACCUGGAGAUAUCAUUGUGUUGGAUACAAAUAAAUGGUACCAUGAGACCAAUAUUCUCCCAGGAGAAGUAAGCAUAACUAUAGGAGCUGAGUUCGAUUAA